AUGCCAAGUUAUCGCGACUAUUGGUCAUCUCGGCCUGAGCUAAGAGAUCCUUUGAUAAGUUCUGCAAUGGUCAGAGAUGGAUUUUCUUGGAUAUUAGCUAAUAUUCAUCUAAACGACAACUCAGUGCAGCCAGGGAGAGAUUCACCAAAUUAUGACAAAUUAUAUAAACUGCGUCCUUUAUUGGAUAUUUUAUCUGAGACUUACAAAAAUUCUUGGAAGCCCUCAAAGAAUCAAUCCAUCGACGAAUCAAUGAUUAGGUUCAAGGGUCGCAACGCGCUGAAACAAUACAUGCCCAACAAACCGAUCAAAAGGGGAUAUAAGGUUUGGGUUCGGGCAGAAGAGUCAGGAUAUGUUUGCCAAUUUCAAAUAUAUACAGGAAAAGUGGGCCAGAUUGUAGAAACAAAUCUUGGCUGCAGAGUGGUUCAAGAUCUUACAAAAGACUUAGUUGGAAAAGGCUACCACAUAUAUUUCGACAAUUUUUUCAACUCUGGCGAACUUCAAAAACGUUUGCAGACUGAACUAAUUUACGCUUGGGGGCUUGUGGACAAAGGUUUGAAAAGGGGUGAAGUCGACUGGCGAAUCAGCAUGGACGGAUUGGCAUUUGCAACAUAG